AUGGCGGGCUUGGGCUCUCCCGUGGUCACGGGCAAGUCCACCUUGCCUGUCUCCCAAUACGCGCCCCGGAUCGCCAAUGUCGCCGAAAAUGCCUGGCUGCAUUUCCAGCUUCAGAACGCUCUGCUGACAACAGGCAAGGUUUAUCAAAAGGUGCUUCUCGUCCACGGCACUAUUGGCGAGCCCUCACAGCAACCUGUGGACGGCACCCUCUCCAUAACGCGACUCGACGACAACUUCCCGCCAACAUUUUGGCCCGUGUGCGACUCUCAGUUUAAGGCGCUGGUUUACCUGCAGCCAGGACCCAACAAGAUCCGAUUCGACUUCUCCAGUCCAAAACUACCCAACAGCAGCUCUUCAAACCCCAUACAUGCAUCAUACCUCACAAUCCAUAUGCUUCCAGCCAACAGUGCACCGCCCUUACAGCUCGCAAUUCUCGUCGCCAAGGAUUCUGCUGAAGUUUUCGAUGCGGUUCCCGCUCGAAUCGAGCGCGAGGGCAACGAAUUGGAUACGGCAGUGCGCAAAUUCCGCAUGGCCGCAUACCUUUGGCAGGCUUUCACCGCUGAGCAGAUGUGGCGCAAUAAGCUUGGGCGUCGUGUCUUCAGGUUUGAGGAGGAAUGGGUUACUGGUACCUCGAAUCAACGGGAUCGUGAAAACGGAACGCUGCGCUCGGAAGCGAGGGUCCACAUCAUCAGGUCGGAUAAGACUGUCGCAGAAAUUCGAGACUUGGAGCUGGCGCAGCAGAACGAAAAGGCGACCAAGAAAGGAGACUUGUACGGAAUCGCUGCCGAAGCCGUGAAGCAACAUUUCAAACCACUAGGCGGUCAGAAGCAGUACGUUUCCCUGCUGAUUCUUGAUACGCAGUGGGAUAAGGAAGCCAACGUGGUCAGGGGACACGCGGCGCUCGGCGGAAACGCUGGUGAUCUACAACUGGCUAUUUUUGGCUCGCAUUGCCUGCAGAGUUACCCCGCGAGUUUUGAAGAAGUAGUUCCCGCGUUCACGGACUGCACUCCGACUGACGUGGACUUUGUUGCCAAUGAUUGCGGUCAAGCCGGUAGUUCCUGGGAGGCGGCCAGCAUCGGAAUUGGCGCGCAUUUACACGAGACGGGCCAUCUCUUCGGGUGUCCUCAUCAGGAAAGUGGCGUCAUGCUGCGCGACUACUUGACGCUCAACCGCAGCUUCGUAGCUCGCGAGGCCUUUUGCACCAGAACGAAGUCCAAGGGUGGUUUGGUCGGUCAAGAAGACGAAUGCGGUUGGCAUCGAUUGGAUUGCUUGCGCUUCCGCGCCCAUCCGUGCUUCAGGUUGCCCAACGACCCCCAUAUGAACCCGGAUGAUAGCGUACAUGCCUUCCCUAUCGAGAGCGGGAAGAUGGUUGUCAUGGCGCCGACUGGCGUAGCUUUCAUAGAGCUAUUUGCUGAAGACGAUGACGUUUGUCGGUCUUGGAUCGAGUACCCAGCUGAGACUGGCUCUGUGCAACGCCAAUUGACGCUGAGCGAUCAGGAGCUGCGGGAGAGGCUCCCAGAAAGCAAGCGGAAAGGGCGGCUCAGAAUUUCGGUCAAAUCCCAUGGAGGCGGCGGCUUGGACAUUGACGACCUCAAGAAGCUAUGCUCCAAGGAGUCGUCCUUCAAGCUGACUCCUGGUCCCCUUGGCAAAACGGCUUACCGAGGAAAGGCUUUAGGGCUCUCAUCCAUGCAGGAAAGCGUCGCGCAAGAAGUUGUGUUUGAGAGCGCCGUUAAACAAAACAGGAUCCUAUCUCGCAUUAUAUUCUACCAUGGAUACGCGGUUGACGGUAUAGAAUUCAUGUAUGACGAUGAUACCACCCAGCUUUUUGGCAAGAGAGGGGGCAAAGAAGGCGGCGAUACCUUCGACUUGGACAUCCGUCGAGGCGAAUACAUUUCAGGCUUCUUCGUUCGUUCGGGUCACUGGAUUGAUGCCAUCCAAGUGCUUACCAGCCUGGGUCGAAGAUCGCCCGUAUUUGGCAAUGCGCAUGGGGGGUCAGGCAUACACCUCAUCAUGUCAAAGCGAACAAGUAGCGCCGUGACGAACGGGAGCGUAGCCAAGGAUGCCGACAGCUUCAACGAGCCGGCAUACGACAAGCAGAAACUCCUCCUAUCCGCCGACACGGGCCAUUUCUCCUUGAUUCGAGCACUUCACCUUGCGGAUGUCAUUACACUGUGCAAUGGUGCCUGCGGCGUUAUGUCGAUUUUCACCUCCCUCCGUUACUGUCUCGGCGAUCCCGCAUCUACUAGCACUCUGUAUCUCGCCCUUUUCUUCCUGCCGUUCGGGUUAUUCUUUGAUUUCAUGGAUGGAAAGGUUGCGCGAUGGAGAAAGAAGAGCAGUAUGAUGGGUCAGGAGCUUGAUUCGCUGGCUGAUUUGAUAUCAUUUGGCGUGGCUCCCGCCUCCGUGGCCUUCGCACUCGGCCUGCGUACCGUUGUGGACCAUGCUUGCCUCACCUUCUUCGUUCUCUGCGGUCUCACUCGCCUUGCUCGCUUUAAUGUCACUGUCUCGGUCCUCCCCAAGGAUGCUACCGGCAAGAGCAAGUAUUUUGAGGGUACGCCGAUCCCCACGAGCCUGGGCCUAGACGCAGUCAUGGCCUACUUCAUCUCACAGCGAUGGAUACUGGGGGAUUUGCCCUUGGGAACGUGGUUCGCUGGUUCAGCGCUUGAAUUUCACCCAAUUGCCCUCGUGUUCGUCCUGCACGGAUGCAUGAUGACAAGCAAGAGCAUUCACAUUCCGAAGCCUUAA